CAUCUCAACGGGGUAUCUUCCUUUAUACUCUGUCUCCCAGAGCUGCUUCACCGCAAAUUGUGCGUUGUCAAACCACCUCUGUCUUUCCUUUCCGGCUUCGAGGACCCAUUCUUGCUUGAACCAUGCCCACUUUCGAUAUGGGUCAAGUAUCUGGGCUGCAUAGUACGCUGGCGGAAGGUCAGGAUCUUCGGGGAAUCGAUUUUGCCAAUUCAGCUGCUAGUUGUUGUAGUACUCCUCACACUUCGACCAUGCAGCAUCUGCGCACCCCUAAAGGUACUUCCAUAUAAAGUUAUUAUCGUCUUCGGUAUCGAUUGCAUUAUAAUGCUCUUUUGUUUCAUCUAUUUCUCGGAGAAGGCAGUCCAAGGUUGAAAACCAGUCUGCGAGCGAUGUCCCUUUCCCCUCAGAGAGCAAAGUUGUUACAUAAAAGUCCUUCAGAGCAAGCUCAAUCUUUUCAAGCUCGAACCAGUGCUGUCCGUCAAGUUUAAAGUUCGAAAUCCCGUAGGAGCCUUUCCCAGGUACAUGACGAGCUGAAAAUAUUUCCAGCCGUUCACGAACAUUUAACGCCCGCGUAAUCGAAUGAUACCAAGAAUUCCAGCGUGUUGAGUUAUUUUGAA